GAUCUCUGACGUCACUGCGUGAGGUGUUUGCGGAAGAGCUUCUGAACGAUGUCCGGCCGUGGCAAGCAGGGGGGGAAGGCGCGGGCCAAGGCCAAGUCGCGCUCGUCGCGGGCCGGGCUGCAGUUCCCGGUGGGCCGUGUCCACCGCCUCCUGCGGAAAGGCAACUACGCGGAGCGGGUGGGCGCCGGCGCCCCGGUGUACCUGGCGGCCGUGCUGGAGUACUUGACGGCCGAGAUCCUGGAGCUGGCGGGUAACGCGGCCCGCGACAACAAGAAGACGCGCAUCAUCCCCCGCCACCUGCAGCUGGCUAUCCGCAACGACGAGGAGCUCAACAAGCUGCUGGGCAAGGUGACGAUCGCGCAGGGUGGUGUGCUGCCCAACAUCCAAGCCGUGCUGCUGCCCAAGAAGACUGACAGCCAUAAAGCAAAGAGCAAGUAAAGCAAACCGGAGGAGUGUUGCCACCUCAAAAGUAA